AUGCAAGAUGUUCUUUCAGAAGUGGAAGCAAGGGGUGCCUUUUUGGAGCGCUGCCCCGACAACGAUGGCCACAACGUGGACACCAUCGACGGCCUGGUCCUACCAGGUGUGGUGGCUUUGGCGUUGUUGGUGCGGGGCGCUACUGUGGCGGAGGCGGAAAAGGAGGCGGUUGCCGCGCUGGCCGUGACGCGCUCCUCCAAGGUGAGCAUAGAGAUGGAGGUGGGCACGCUUCGCUCCUCACACCGGGUGGUCACCUUCAACUUUUUGGCGGCGCGGGCCUCAGAGUUCUUUGCCCAAGUGGGCUUGCAGGUGCCGCCAGAAGCGGCCUCCAAGUGCGCCUCAAAGUCCCUCACCGUGGGCGCCGGCCAGUUCCUCGGCACGGUCAAAGCCACGGACCUUGGCGGCUUCCGUGACACGAGCGUCGGUGCUCCUGCUGGGGCCUCGGCCAUGCACCAAAUUGGAAUCGGCAUGUGA